CGGGCGCGGACGGGUGGCCGGGCCCGGGAGGCGGAGGGGCCGGAGAGGGACCGGGCCGUGGUGAAAGCGUCGCGAAACGGGGCCGUGAGCUCAGCGGGACCCGGCGGGGAAUUGGGCGAACGCGGCGAGUCCCGGUCCCCGGUGGGCUGAGCGUCAUGGCGGAGACGAUCAUCAUCCGCGUGCAGUCGCCGGAAGGAGUGAAGCGCAUCACGGCCACGAAGCGUGAAACGGUGGCGACGUUCCUCAAGAAGGUUGCAAAAGAAUUUGGUUUCAGGAAUAAUGGCUUUUCUGUCUACACCAAUAGAAACAGGACAGGAGAGAUCACAGCGUCACAAAACAAAUCCCUCAACUUACUGAAAAUCAAGCAUGGCGAUAUGCUGUUCCUCUACCCCUCGAGCCCGGCUGGCUGCUCCUCAGAGACCAUGGACACCUCUGUCUCCCAAGGCUUGCGGCCUGUGGGGGCCCCCCAAGUGGUAGAAGAUGAGAUCGACCAGUAUCUGAUCAAACAGGAUGGGAAGAUUUACCGAAAUCGAGACCAGCAGCUGUGUCGCCACGGCCCCCUGGGUAAAUGUGUGCACUGUGUGCCGCUGGAGCCUUUUGAUGAGGAUUAUUUAAACCAUCUGGAACCUCCUGUGAAGCAUAUGUCCUUCCAUGCCUACAUCAGGAAGCUGACCGGAGGGGCAGACAAGGGGAAGUUUGUUGCCCUGGAAAACAUCAGCUGUAAGAUCAAAUCAGGCUGUGAAGGACACCCUCCUUGGCCAGAAGGCAUUUGCACAAAGUGUCAGCCAAGUGCCAUCACCCUCAAUAGGCAGAAAUACAGGCAUGUUGACAACAUCAUGUUUGAGAACCACACCAUUGCAGAUCGCUUCCUAGACUUCUGGCGGAAGACGGGAAACCAACACCUGGGGUACCUGUACGGCCGGUACACAGAGCACAAAGACAUCCCGCUGGGGAUCCGGGCGGAGGUUGCUGCCAUCUAUGAACCCCCACAGAUCGGUACCCAGAACAGCCUGGAGAUCCUGGAAGAUCCAAAAGCUGAGGUUGUGGAUGAGAUCGCUGCCAAGCUUGGACUGAGAAAGGUUGGCUGGAUAUUUACUGAUCUGGUCUCUGAAGACACACGGAAAGGGACUGUUCGAUACAGCAGAAACAAGGACACGUAUUAUCUCAGUGCAGAGGAGUGCAUCACAGCUGGAAACUUUCAGAACCAGCAGCCCAACAUCUGUCGCCUUUCUCCAGAUGGUCAUUUUGGAUCCAAGUUUGUCACAGUUGUGGCUACAGGUGGUCCCGACAACCAGGUCCACUUCGAGGGGUACCAGGUCUCGAAUCAGUGCAUGGCGCUGGUUCGAGACGAGUGUUUGCUGCCCUGCCGAGACGCGCCGGAGCUGGGCUACGCCAAGGAGUCCAGCAGCGAGCAGUAUGUGCCCGACGUGUUUUACAAGGACAUAGACAAGUUUGGCAACGAGAUCACACAGCUGGCUCGCCCGCUCCCGGUUGAGUACCUAAUCAUAGAUAUCACCACAACUUUCCCCAAGGAUCCAGUCUACACUUUUUCUAUUUCUCAAAAUCCAUUCCCCAUCGAGAACCGCGAUGUGCUGGGAGAAACUCAGGACUUCCACAGCUUGGCCACGUACCUGUCCCAAAAUACUUCCUCCAUUUUCCUAGACAUCAUUUCCGAUUUCCAUCUGCUCCUCUUCCUGGUCACGAACGACGUCAUGCCUCUGCGGGACAGCAUCAGCUUGUUGCUAGAAGCCGUGAGGACCAAGAAUGAGGAGCUUGCACAGACCUGGAAAAAAUCAGAGCAGUGGGCCACCAUUGAGCAGCUCUGCAGCACAGUGGGUGUCCAGAUCUCAGGACUGCAGGAGUACGGGGCCAUGGGCGGCUCGACGCACAGCGCGGCGGCGGCCGUCUGGUCCUGCAGGCACUGCACCUUCAUGAACCAGCCGGGCAUGGACCACUGCGACAUGUGCAACCUGCCCCGCACCUAGCCCCGCCGGCAGCCUCCAAUACAGAGCAAACCCUCGAGCAGCAGGAGUGGUGCUUCUCCCUUCCCCCUCCUCCCUUCUGCUUCCCCCCCCAACCCCCGGGGUGUGCGGAGCUGGGCAGGGGGUGAUUUCCCCCCCCCCCCCCCAUUAACUCCUCGCUCCAUUUUGGGGGCAGCCCCAUUGUCGCAGCAGGAGCUGGGCGCCUUGGCUUUAUCUCGACGCUGCCCUCCCCCCAACCCCAGCCUAAAAAACCAACCCUUAACCUCAGCCUUUGCCUGCAGCAGGGCUGGGCUGUCCCAGUCUGCUCCCAGCUGAGCACUGGGGGGGUUCUGGGAGGGGGCUGUGGCCCCCCAGGGCACCUCCCUCCCUGCCCCUUUGCCUGCCCAAAGCAGCCUCACAGGGGAGGGUUUAGCAUCUUCACCCCCCCCCCCCCAGCAGCUUUGCUCCCCCUUUUCCCUGCCCGCCAGCCCUGGGUACCAACAGCUUCCCCAGUAACGGCCCAGACACCCCCAAUAACGGCCCAGACACCCCAGUAACGGCACUGGGCCGGACAACAGCUCUGCCAGGUGGGCACUGCUCCCGGAGCGGGGCAGGGGGUGCCCACCCACUCCCCCCACUUUGGCACCAGGCACGGGGUGGGCAUGUACCAGCUCUGGGCUUGGCACCGUGGGAUGGGGAGGGGAAGGGGGGGGGGGGGUGUUGUUGGGCGCUGCGUCACCCCGCAGGGAGCGGUUCAGCUCCCGGGGAAGGGGGCGAGGUGCUUGGGGCAGCAGCUCCUUCCCCCUCCUUGCGAGCGAAGCCGGGCGGGGGGGUGGGGAGUGGUGUAAUAUGGGCACCCACCUUGGCUUCAGUGUGCCAGGAGCCAGCCCCCCCUCCCUGUGCCUGCAUCCCCCCUAGAGCUGGGGGGGGGGGUCAAGUCACCCUCUUGCAGCUCCCUCUCCCCUUUAAACCCCUCCUGGGGGCUGCCCCCAGGCCAGGCUGCUUGUGGGGGGGGGGGAGCUCAGCCCUCCCCUCACAGGCUCCCUGACCCCUGCUGCACCAGCCUGGACCCCCCCCCCCAGCCCCAGCGCUGCAGGUUCAGACCUUCAUUAAACCCCCCAGGGCCCCGCACCCCGCUCCGGGGAGGGAGGCAGGAGGCUCCAUCCCACGCCAGCACAGCGUUGUCGCUGCCUUCUCCAGCUGGGCAGGGCCCCCCCCCCCCCGGCACCCCCCCUGCCCCAGCUCUAUCCCGCUGGUGUUAACAGAGCAGCCGGCGCUGGGCUCGUGGGUUUGCUUUUUUUCCCCCCCCCCCCUCCACCACCUCCUCUUCCUCGGUUUUGUUGGCGUUUGGGGUUGCAGCGGAGUGCGGUGCCUGGGCCGGAGCGACCCGGGCGCGGGGUUCUGCGCGGAACGUUGAAUAAAAGCACCUGAAACGCGA